AUGGCUUCUUCCUUCUCACUUUGCCGAUCGAUUUGUCGGAAAUGGUUUGCCGGAAUUGCUAAUUGUCCGAUUGGCGGAAAAUUGGUGUCUAGAUCUUGUUUUUCCGCCGAAUGUUGUAGGUAUAGGUUGAACUCGUCGUUGGCCAAGCCGAACCCAUCACCGCCCUCGUCAUCUCCUUGGCUUAUGCUGCAGCCUGCCUUUGACGUCGACGUUAGCGGUAGCGCAAGCAGGAGCUACAAGUUCUACAGCCUCGCCGACAACAAAAUCGUAACCCGAAGUACCGGAAAGAGCAGCAAAGAAAGAGAAUUAAGGAACCCUCUCAUGUGCUUUAGGGGAUCUUCACAUGGCUGGCUAGCUUUGUACGACAAAAGUAGCCUGGACGUGUUUCUUUAUAACCCAAUAACCGGUGGUCAUAUAAGCCUCCCUCCCUUUGGCCACUUUCCUGAUUACCCUCCCGCCUCAAAAAUACUACAAAAGGUCAUCCUCUCGUGCUCCCCAGACGAGGGAUCAAAUUGUCGGGCUAUCAUGAUCUACAACAAUGUAGCUGCGCUGGCUUUCUGCUGCCCUGGCUUCAGCAAGGAGUGGACCCGAAUCGGAGAUCACCACUGGUUUGAUCAAGAUUCGGGCCGGGCUUUUUUUGGGGGCUACGCAGAUUGUGUCUACUCGACAAGACACGAAGCAUUGUUUUGCCUCACAAGACGGGGGGGCGUGUUGGAGUCUUGGGAUAUUCGGGACCCUCAGUCGCCGAGUGCUGUGAAGCUAGCCGAGGUUAGUAAGGGUGGACGGUUCGGCUACCCGAGGACAGGUAAGAAGAAGUUGACGUUGACAGCAACGCAUGCAAAGAAUCUGGUAGUGGCCGGAGAGGAUCUCCUCGUAGUGACUCAGUACGUGGUUAGUUCGUUUGACUUUGAUGGUUUGUAUGUUGAUGGUAAUAAGCUGUUUAACUACAUCGAGGAACACGGCUUUCCAGUUGUGACUGUUGAUUUUGAUGUUCAUAAAUAUGACCCUGAGGAUGGGAAACUUAAGUAUGUGAAAAGGUCUUUGGGUGGUUGGGCUCUUUUUGUCGGCCUCCACAGCGAUGCAGUUGCGUUGCCCGCGGCUGACUUUCCGGAGCUCAAACCCAAUUCCAUUUACUUCACGGAUGCAUCACUUGGCGCGUCGAUCGACUGUAUGGGUUACCUAACUGGUGGCCAUGACAUUGGCAUCUUCAAUUAUGAGAACAAGACUGUGUCGCCAUGCUAUUUUCCAUGUGAUGUUCAGAACAUGAGGAAGACUUACCCAGGGCCUAUGUGGUUCUUCCCAAGUCGUGAAUGA